UUUCUAUCCUUAUUUUCAUAUUUGCUUUCAGCAAAAGUUCACUGGAAUUUGUAAUUUGGUACCAACACUGUACUAAUACGUGUGUUUCAGUACUGACUUCAUUCAGGAAUGUGAAAUCAAAUGUGACCAACCAGAUUUAAGAAAAAAAAAACACUGUGGGAUUGUCUGGUGCAUUGUUAUUGGCAUCUGUGUGUUUUCAUUAUAAUACGGGUUCCUUUUGACCGCAUUUUUGUCAAAAAUGCCUGUGAACAUUCUUAACAAAUUGAGGAGAUUAUAGGUUUGCUUGUUGAGGCAUUAGGAAAUCAAGAAUUGUACUUUAGCUAACGAUUUUUAAAGUCAAAUCAGAAUAAAUAACCCUUAACCAAAUAAGCAUAUAAGUUAAAAACACUUAUAAAUAUCGAAGAUCAAAGGACCUGCGUAUUAGAAACUAGUGAUCCCUCAGGAUAAGAAUUGAGGAUUACUUGAGGAUUAAACGUUUCUGACAAAAAAAAAACAACAGCAGUGUAUUCCACAGCGAUCUUUAGAAUUGCUCAUACCUUAGAAUGAGGCUUCAAGGCUCUGGUGUCGAUCCGUUACACUGUUGCAAGGUAGUGGCGUUUUUCUUUGGAAUGAACAGCUAAAAGAAAAUAAAAGACAUUGUGAUUUAAUUUUGCAUCACUACCUUGUGUUUAUUGGUACUGCAAAUAAAUGAAAAAAAGAAACACAUGAGACACAGCUGUCGGAGCUAAAGGCCAACUACAAAGGCAAAAGCAAAAAGCAUCUGCAGCAUUCCCCUCUCUCUGUCCCUCAGGAUUCGUUACCACGACUGCAUACGUAAUGUUGCCAGCACCCCCAGCUAUGCCAGGCUGUCCCCCUGGACUGGAAUACCUGACUCAGAUUGACCAGUUGCUUGUUCAGCAAAAAGUGGAGCUUGUGGAAGCUCUUGUAGGCUUUGAGAGCAACAACAAAUAUGAAAUUAAAAAUGUGUUGGGACAGAAUGUCUUCUAUGCAGUGGAGGAAAAUGACUGCCUAACUCGCCAGUGCUGUGGACCCUUGCGGUCUUUUACUAUACAUGUUUUGGAUAACUUUGGACAAGAAGUAAUAAGUGUGACCAGACCAUUGAACUGCGAUCGUUGCUGUUGUCCAUGCUGUCUUCAAGAGUUAGAAAUUCAAUCACCUCCUGGAAAUACUGUUGGAUAUGUUGUUCAAACUUGGCACCCUUUCUUUCCCAAAUUCACCAUUCAGAAUGAGAGAAAGGAGCCAGUUCUGAAACUUUCGGGUCCUUUCUGUGGUUGGAACUGCUUGCCAGACAUUGACUUUGAGGUUUUGACUUUAGAUGAAACAGCUAAAAUUGGCAGGAUCAGUAAGCAGUGGACUGGGCUCCUUCGAGAAGCUUUCACAGACGCAGAUAACUUUGGAGUUCAGUUUCCUUUAGAUCUUGACGUCAGAAUGAAAGCAGUACUGAUUGGUGCCUGUUUUCUGAUUGACUUCAUGUUCUUUGAAAGCAACCAGUAAUGGAAAGUCAUGAAGAGGGCACUUUAGAAGGACAUUUUGGUUACACCCACGUAAUGCUGUUUUACUGCACCUGGAUUAAUUUUGUUUUAAUUUAUGUUUGCAAAGUCCAAGAAAUUGUGUGAAAUCUAAUGGGAAGAGCUUCCCAAAAACUCAAGAACAGUUUGAGACUUACAUUUUGGGUGUAAAAGAUAUAUUAGAGUGGCUUUGGAUAUUGUAACUAUGAACGUAACUGUCUGUCAAUUUGAGGUGGGAAUAUGCAAUGUUAAUAGUUAGUGGAAUUUACAUAACUGGCAACAAAAACUACAAAGAGUACAAAUAGCUUUUAAUGGCAACUACUGAGAUCUGCCUAUAACAUCGUUGAGGAAUCCUGGCUCAGGAGAGUCUGUGCGUCUGCAGGUUUUCAUUCCAGCUCAGCUCAGUUGUUUGAGCUCAGCUGUUCUCCUUGAGCUCAAUCGGCUCAUUAUUACCUUAAUGAGGUUCUCCCAGCUCCUCACAGCUGCUGCUUUGAAGAGACCUUGAAAAGCUGUAGACAGAUGGGCCAUCUAGAACCAGUACUGGACACCCCCUGGUUUAUAGAGUCAAGAGAAUACCAUUAAAGGGUUAGUAAACCAUUCGUUUUAAAAGACAAGAAAAUAAUGUGAAGAACUGAUUGACUUUAAUAUCUGAAAAUUCAAAAGCAUCUUUAUGUACUAAACCUGUAAAUACCACAAUAAAUACCAUCCUUUACCUGUCUCUAAAUUACCCCAUUUCAUCUUGAUGGCUUGAUACUCAGUCCAAGCUAGACAUUCACAAAACAUUAAUAUACUAAAAAGAAGCUUAUUUAAAUAAACCCAAAGGCUGAUUUGAGAAAACCUAUAGAUCAUAUAAAACUGCAGCUUCAAAAUACAAUUUACCUUAAAAAAUGUACUUUACAAAGUUGCUUAUAUUUAUACAACUUGAAAGAAUAUAUUUAAGUGGAAUAUGUGUAGUUUCAUGAUGUUUGGGAUACCAAAUAUAAGCUCUGAGAAUUGGAUACACUCAAAAGCAUGCAGUAGAGAGAUGUGAGUUAUAGAAGGAUGUUUUAUUUUACUGCAUUCUGUUACUAGCCUGUAUUUUGUGCAAAAAUUACUGUUUCUCUUUAUCUUUAUCUAAAAGCUGUUUUCACCAGAUGUUACGUUCCUGUAUUUAUCGCUUUGAAUGUUUUGUUUUAUUAUAUUCAUGAGUUUCCGUUUUGUUUUAUAUUUAAAAAUAAGGAUGAAAAUAUGUAUUUUUGUUGUGUUUGUAUUGGUUUAAAGAUGUUACAGGUAUUUAAAACAUUGUAAACUGUAAUCCCUUACUUAAAAGCAAAAGUGAGCCAGUUUCAUAACUAUUACCUGUUCAACACUUGUAUGCAAAUUAUGACAUGCUGAACAAUAAUAAACACAGCUUUAAAUAUGAGCUCAUACCUUUCAACUAAUUCAUUUUAAGAGGUUUUUUAUUAAUGUCUUUGUAAGAAAGGAACUUGGAUUCAAUUGUUUAAUUUUAAAAUAAAACUUUAAAUUUUGUAUUAAUCUGCUAAAUAGUAACUUUGGUUUGGAGUGGAAAGUUACAUAAACAUACCCAGAGGUUUAGCAGGAAUUACAGUUAAUUUAAUCUUGGGUUCAUAUGUUCAAUGCUUUGGAAACAGUCAAGUACAGGAAGGAUACCUACAGUUUACAGCAGUUUAUUACCCUCUGACAAGUGUUUCCUGAGAUGCAUGUUUCCUGCAUGUGUCAUACUCAAGUGCUUAGUUUAACACUAGAAAGUCAGGAUCUAAAAGAGUUGACAAAGCAUAAACCUAACACAUUAACAGCUGUGGCUCAGAAAAACAUGAAGGGCUGGGGAAAUAUCUAUAGAGUGGAUUCCUAGAGAACCAAAUAUGUUUGUCCUAAUGAAAGCAUUUGUGUUGAAAUGUUGACAGUUUGUGAAAUAAUAAAUAUAUUUUGGAUUA